CAACAACAACAACAACACAUCCUUCCUCUUCCCCACGUCUUCUUCUCUCCCUCCCAUUUCUUUUUCUUUUUUUUUUAAUAUUUAUUUAUAUAUAAUUUCUUUCUUUCUGUUUGCUUUUUUUAUUUACAAGUAGUUUUCACAUUUUUAUCCAUCCCAAUUUUAUUUUGUGGAUGGAUCCACCCAUCCCUUCCCCAAUUCCCUCCCCACCUCCCAUCCACCCUCCUCCACUCCUCCAACCUUCUCAUCCCCUCUUCAUUCCCAUUUGGAAAAUUCCCUUCUAUCUAUGACAAACAUUAGUUCAAACAUUGACAUCAAAACAAUACCAGUCACAACAGACAAACCAUCAGUAUUGAUGAAUAAGAAGAAGAUGGAUCCAAUCUCUAUCAAUGGAGGUAGUACUGAUCCUGACACCAGCCCUUGUCCAAGUCCUCAGGCUCUUGAUUCUAUGGUUGUUCCUAAUAUAUCUGAAACCGGUUCUUAUUCGCCGUCAACCUCAACUUCUUCCUCUGUUUUCACCAAAUUGAAUGAUAGUGCUGCUGUUAGUGACUCUUCUGCAACUACCAGCACUAAUACGACGACUACUAGUACGCGGAGUAACAGUUUAGAUAGCUCUAGUACUUAUUCGGCUCCGAUCAGAAGGCACACCGGAGGGGAUUGCCGAUGGGAAGCUAUUCGGUUGGCUAAUUCAAGAGAUUCCCCCAUUGGCCUUGGCCAUUUCAGGCUUUUAAAACGCCUAGGCUAUGGUGAUAUUGGUAGUGUUUAUCUUGUUGAGCUUAGGGGGACUUGUGCUUAUUUUGCGAUGAAAGUUAUGGACCGAGCUUCGCUUGUCAGUAGGAAUAAGGUGCUUCGAUCGCAGACCGAAAGGGAAAUUUUAGGCCUUUUGGACCAUCCUUUCUUGCCUACAUUAUAUUCACAUUUUGAGACCGAUAAGUUUUAUUGUUUGGUGAUGGAGUAUUGCAGUGGAGGUAAUCUUCAUUCUCUUCGGCAGAAACAGCCUAACAAGUAUUUCACCGAGCAGGCGGCACGGUUUUAUGCGUCGGAAGUCUUGCUAGCCCUUGAAUACUUGCACAUGCUCGGCAUUGUUUAUAGGGACUUAAAGCCAGAAAAUGUACUUGUUAGAGAAGAAGGCCAUAUCAUGCUCUCUGAUUUUGAUCUAUCGCUUCGGUGUUCUGUCAAUCCAACACUAGUAAAAUCAUCAUCUGUACACGGUGGUGGUGGUGGCAUACUAGACUCGGAAAAUGCUGUCCAAGGGUGCAUUCAACCAACUGCAUUUUUUCCAAGAAUACUCCCAAAGCGGAAUCGAAAAUCUAAAUCUGACUUCGGAGUUGGCAAUGGUAACCUUCCAGAGCUCAUGGCAGAACCAACAAAUGCGCGAUCAAUGUCAUUUGUAGGCACUCAUGAGUACUUAGCUCCGGAGAUUAUUCGCGGUGAGGGACAUGGUAGUGCCGUUGAUUGGUGGACAUUCGGAAUUUUUCUCUUUGAGCUUUUGCAUGGUACAACUCCAUUUAAAGGUGCGGGGAAUCGAGCUACAUUGUUCAAUGUUGUAGGACAACCUCUAAGAUUUCCCGACACGCCCAGUGUAAGCAUGGUUGCAAGAGAUCUUAUUCGCGGUCUUCUUGUAAAGGACCCUCAAAAAAGAAUUGCUUAUAGAAGAGGAGCAACCGAAAUAAAACAACAUCCAUUUUUCGAGGGAGUGAAUUGGGCAUUGAUCAGGAGCACCACUCCGCCCCAUGUGCCCGAUGCCGUAGACUUUUCACAGUAUGCAGUUAAGGAGAAAAAAGGCGCGGAAAAUGGUGUUGAUGUUAGUAUUAGUAGCGGUGCUGGUGGCGGUGGUGGCGGCAGCAGCGGAGGAGGAAAUAAAGGGAAUAAUGCAAAUGAUUCUUCAUAUCUUGAUUUUGAGUAUUUUUAAGGUGAGUUACAUUGGAUCAUUGCAAUACAUAGUGAUCUAUUUUUCUGUGAUUGAUGUCGAAAAGUACAUAACUUUAGAUGGGAGCUCUGAGAGUGCUUUGAUCUUCAUCUUUGUUUACUGAAACAAUGCAGAGGAAUGUGUGAUAUACUCAAUGCUCAAAAGCUUACUAAUUGAACAGCAAUUUUUAGCAAAUAGAGCUUCCAUUGUGAUUGGAAGGAUGUUUUUCAUUUGCAACUAAUUUUGUUUUGCUUUA